AAGAGGCUACAAAGUAUGUACGUAGUAAUAGUGAUUUACACAAAGAACAGCACAAGCUUUCAAUGGAGAAGAAGUCAUCUUGCAUUUUUGUUUUAUUUUUCUUCAUUCUUCUGUUACAAUUACAAUCAGAUGAUGGUGUAUUUACAAAAUCCAAAGUUAUCAUUCUUGAUGAGUUAGAUAUAGUGAUGGCUCCGUGCUUUGUCGCCUAUUCAUCACUGCCUCUUCAGCAUUCACUUGAUAACUCUUUCUCUGCCAUUAAUGUUUCUUCUGGUGAAAACAUAUUUUUCUCGACGAGUGGAAAACUAUCAAGUGAGUUACAACAGUCAUCUCUGGUGUUCACUGAUCCUACUCGAGCAAGAUUUCGGGCAAUUAAUAGGUAAUAUUUUUUUAUUUAUUUUUGCCACAUUAAGAUUUUAUAUUAUUUAAAAAAAUUAAAAUCAUCAAGAUAAAAUUGGAAAUGAAUUUUAAAAUAAAUUAAAUAAUAGUGCUCCGGUUGCCACGUCAUUA